GCCACGCGCUCCCGGCGGGCCUCGCGAGAGGGACGGCGCGGGCCGAGGGACAAACCGCCGGAACGCGCGGCGCGUUGCCACGCAACGCCGCGACCGUUGUGGGGUGCCGCGCGCCGUCUUGCUGCGCAGCGCCGCGACCGUUGGGGAGUGCCGCGCGCAUGGCCAAGGUGGUGCUGGCAGGUAAGGCAAAUUGCCCAUACUAUGCCAAAGCAGAACUGCUGGCUGACUAUCUCCAGGCUAAUUUGCCAGACUUCAGGGUUCACAAGAUCACUAAGCACCCUGACAAAUGGGAGGAGUGGCUUCAUGACAUCUGUGAAAUGAAUGGAUGGGAACACAAACGCUCUCCAAUCAUUUGGAGAGAACUGUUGGAUCGUGGAGGGAAGGGCCUGCUUCUGGGAGGAAUUAAUGAUUUUCUGGAAUAUGCUCAGCACUAUUAUGGCAUCACCUCAACAAUGCUGAGUGAGGAGAUGUUAGACAUUGCUGAGGAGAACCUACAAGCUCACAUUGAAACUGAAAAAGAAGAGGAAGAGAUUAAAAGUCUUAUCAACCCUUUGCAGAUAUGGAUCACCAGUGCAUCAGCUCCAACCUGCUAUCAUCUGAUCCCUCUGCUGGCAAGUGGAGAAGUGUUUGGGGUAACCACAGAGAUCAGUAUCCAUUUACUUGACACUGACCAGUUUAAGGAAGCUCUUUGUGGUAUUGUGAUGGAAGCUGAAGACAUGGCAUUCCCACUCCUCCGCAGUAUUUCAAAGCACACUGAGAUAGAAGAGGCUUUUUUUCAGGCUGAUGUUAUCAUUGUUCUUGAUGAUAUCCUCUUCAAACAUGAAGUCCCACUGCUUGAGGACUGCAUCAGAGAAAUGAGUGAGAUCUGUCGAGUGUAUGCUCACCUCAUUGAGAAGAACGCCAAGAGUGGUGUCAGAGUCAUUUCAGCAGGAAAAACCUUCGUAAACCUUAAGGCAAUGAUGAUUAUGACGUAUGGCCCAUCCAUUAAACGUGAAAAUAUCAUUGCCCUUGCAACAUUCUGGGAAAGUGCAGCUAAAGCCGUGCUGGCCAGGAAACUGAAUAUAAAUGCAGCAGGAGUUAAAGAUGUGAUUAUUUGGGGCAAUGUUACUGGCUGGAGCUACGUCGAUUUCUCACAUGCAAAAAUUUAUGGAUAUGACAGUGCUAUCUGGGGUCCACCUGAUUUUUCACGUCCUUUGUGCAAUGUGAUUUAUGAUGGCAGCCAGAUAUGUUCAGAAUUUCUCUCUGCGCAGAGUUCAUUGAGUUCCCGGGAAUAUCAGUGUGUUGGAAUGUCACCUGCUCAUGCAGUAGCUACUGUACUCAGAUACUGGUAUCAUGGCUCUCCUCCUGGGGAGAUUGUUUCUGUGGGAGUACUUACUGAAGGUCAGUUUUGUGUUCCUGAAGGAAUUGUCUUUUCUAUGCCAGUGAGGUUCCAGAAUGGUAGUUGGGAAGUCAUGACAGACUUAGAAGUUAAUGAAACAACUCAAGAAAUUCUGGGACUCUUAACCCAUGAUCUAAUACAGGAAAAGCUCAUUGCACUAAAGAAAAUAAAAGAAAUGCGUCCGUAUAGAGAUGACCUGGAAACCUUGUCUACUGGCCUACGAGUUGGUUGCAGGAGAAAAUACUGAAAAUUCACAUAUGGUAGACUAAAAAAUCCUAUUAUUUUAAAAUAUAAUUAGACCCUUUUAAAACAAUGUUUCUAUUGUUCAAAAGAGCGAACUAUAAACAUAGGCUAAACAUUAUCAUUGCUUUUAAAGUAUCUUCCUUUUCCAAAACCUAGAACUCUUGAGGCAGAAGAAUAUUUCAAAACCAGUGUAAAUAUAGUGUCCUUAGUCUGAAGAGCAAGGCAAAACUCCCACUGACUUUAAUGAAUCUAGGAUUUUGUUUGUGCCAAUGACAUUUCUUCAGACCAUCAGACUGUUUCAAAAUCAUCUCUCAAUGUCCAAAACAUUAACACUAAGACAAUAUUGAGCAAGUUUGUCACAGAUAACGAAUAGUAAUUUCAUAACUCCAAACUCAUGCCUCAUAUGGUAGUCAUAGAUAUAAUGAAACAGUUUUUGUAUAAGAAUGUACUUUCUUAGGCAUAUUUUAUUUUUAACACAAAAAUUAAAUUGCAUGCAUCUCCUUAGUGACAAGACCAUUUUUGUCCCAUGAUUUUAUUUAUUUCAUGGAUUUCAUAGAGACUACUCAUAUUUUAAGUUGAACAUACGAUUAAUCAAGUCCUUGCCUAAAUGAGGUUGUUAAGGAACUACAGACCUUUUUAUACACUUGGAACUACAACUGUUUAUGAAAUGUCUUAUUAGGAUCUACUUGCCUAUCUCUAGUAUCUUAAAAGAUGGAGACGGUGUUGAAUUAAAUCUCAUUCUACUUGCUUGUUUUUUAUCAGAUGUGAAAGUUUAAAGCAAAAUAAAUAGUUCCUUGACUCAGAUAAAUUCUAUUGGAAUACAUGCAUUAUUUCUGAUCAAGUGGAGGUUCAGACUCUUAACAGGGGUAGAAUUCAUCUUAUGUGAGGAAACCAAGAGGAGUUUAUUUGCUCCUUGUCAGCUGAUAUGAACAGAAGGAGAAGGGGAGGCUGGUUGGUCUCUGAAAAGCACUCAGAAGGCUUGAGUAUCAAGAGGAAAGGGUGCAGUUUCUUCUAUGAAAUGUGUAUGGGAGAAGCGACAUGUACAGGAGCUGAGAUUUCAUUGAUACAGGUAUCCUCAUGGAAGAGUUCAGAUGGGAGUUGUAGAGGCAGGUGUUGUAAAAGGUCUUGAAGAAAGUGGUAAGGAAUCAUUUAUUUUGUGAGGAUAUGUUGUUAAGGGAAUUGGUUUCUGGCAGUGUAUGCACAGAAAAUUGGCAGAGUCUUUAAAGAACAUCUGGAGGCAAAUGUCUCAGGAGAGCAUAGGAAGGAAGGUUGCUACCAGUAGUCUCUGCAAAUAUUAUCUGGUUUGUUUCAUGACUCAUUCUUCUCUAAGAUGUGAGGGGAAGUGAUAACUACUCCAGUGUGUAUUUCCUUUUUUUUUUCCUACAUGGAAUAUGAUUUGGCAGUCUUCUACUAUUUGUAUUUUUGUAUUCUACCUGUGGAGAUGGUAGUUCAAAUUCACUGUGCAGUUCAAGCACCAGCAUUGUACAGCUGUUAAUGAGAAAGAAAUGAACUGUUUUUGCAACAUGUAAGCAGGCUUACAAAGCUUCUGAGUCACUGUCUGAGAAUCACAGUCAAAGAACUUCUCAGAGGUUUGGAGGAGAAAGGCAAAAGAAAUAUCCAUGGCAUGGAUGUCUCUUAUAUCCUAAAUUACUCUAAUUGGGUUAGGCUAGUGGCCUGCAGGGAAAUCCAGAUCUUUCCUCAUGGAGACAUAACAGCAUGGAAACUAAAGUUUGCUUCCCUGGCUUUUGCUUAGGAAUAAAAAAAGAGUAUGUUGUCAUAUUUUAGCUUUCCUAAUAUCUUUUAUUCUAAGUUGGUUAUAACUGUCUCUUUGUAACACAAUGAUAGACUUAGUCAUGUAUUGACAAAUUUGGUAGUUUUUUUUUUUUAAGUAGUAAGUAAUUUCCAGUAUGCAUGUUCUCACAAGUUACUGAGUAAUGCUGUGCAUGCAGGAUAUUCAGAACAUUGGUGAAUUCUACUACCUGGGUGCUAGAGUAACUGAAAAAAAAUCAUUAAACAUGUCCUUACUAUAAGUGGAUGUAUCUUACAAAUAUUGUAUGUAUUCUACAUAAACUCUAGUAUUUGGAUCCACCACAAAGCAUGUAAGUUUUAUGGUUAGUCUGAACAGUUUUUUAUUCUAGGACAUUACCACUAGGGCUUCCUGUUAUCCCUCUGUGUGUUGUUGCACUAACUCUUAAGCACACUGUGCUUCCUGCAGUAGUGUGCCUGUUUUCCACUUCCUUUUCAGUCUCUAUAGCAACACUGUUUCUCAGCAACUGGGAGAUGCUUAGUAAUGGCCCCCUCAAUUUAGAAAUAUUGCACUCAAACCAUAAGAAAAAAUGGCUUUGAAACAAAGAUCAAAGAAGUUUUAUCUUUAAUAAUUCAGAAUAUUUAUUACUUAUUAAUUAGUGUUCUCUGUUUUGACUGCUAAGACAAUUACCUGAUACUUUGAUCUGGGCCUUUGCCAGGCAUUUGUUGUGAGCAGCAUUCAGUUAAAAGCAAAACCUUUAGAACUGUGUGUUGAAGUCAACUUUUAAGUGCUAUAAAACUACUGGACUUCUCUGACAAUGUCUUCUAACUUCUGGGCCUUUAGUAGGUAGCUGAGAGAAAGGUAAGCACUGUUACUGUAUUUAAGAGGAGAAAAAUUAUAACUUCAUCCUUUGAACACAACAUAGAAUGUUUUCAGCCUUCUUAGAAAACAAAAAUAAUUGCAGAUUAUUCUGUUUUAUGCAUAUUUGACAUGCUGAUCAUAUGUUAUCUGAUGGAUUUCAAAAGAAGAAAGGACUCUGAUCAAGUCAGUUGAUUUGUUGAGGUAUUUCUGCCUUACAUGAUCAUGAUUUGUCUUUCUCUAACUUAAUUAUGUAUCAUGUUUUAAGAUGUAUUUUAUUUGCUAAAGUACAUGUUCUGAAAUCCUGUAUAUGCAAACAAGCUGUGUAUAAGUAAUCAAACCCUAUCACUUUUCUUGCUAAUUCCAGUAGGAUUCAAGGAUAAGGCUACUCUUGUUCUGCACAUAUUGUUACUUGUGUUAAUGGGAUAUGGGUUUAUAAUUGUAAAAUGUCUUUCCUGUACAUUUGUAAUUAAUUUUAUAAUUCUUUUUUGCUUUGUGGAAGCUUUUUUAGUAGUAAUAAAGGGCAUAUGACACA